AUGGAAGCCGAAGCUGAUCGCCACGUGGAUCUGAUCGACAAUCCAUCAACCAAGCAAUUGCAAGAUCGCCCUCCACGACUCGCAGCAAUGCCUCAAAUGAAAGCCAUCCAAUUCAAGCAAGGUGGAGGCGCAGCCGCUGAAUGCCUCGAGCUCACCACUCUGGACAAACCCACGCCCAAGGACGGAGAUCUCCUCGUCAAGAACUACGCCUGUGCUGUCAAUCCCGUCGACACGAAGAUCCGUGAGGGAAAAUUCCCCGCCUCGCAAAUCACCGGCUACGAUGCCGCCGGAAUCGUCGAGUCCGUCGGCUCGUCCGUGACAUCCUUCCAAGCAGGCGAUGAGGUUUACUUCUCCGGCCAACUCGGCCGUCCCGGUUCCACAGCUCAAUACUCCCUCGUCGACGCUCGCUUGGUAGCGAAGAAGCCCAAGAACCUCGACUGGGUGGACGCAGCCUGCGUGCCGCUCGUCACCCUCACAGCCUGGGAACUCCUCGAAGAGCACUUCAACCUUCUCACCAACGACCCGUCCGGCCAACAAAAGUCCAAGUCCAUCCUCAUCAUUAACGGUGCGGGCGGAGUCGGCUCCAUCGGAACCCAACUCGCCCGCAAAGUCUUCAAACUCGGCACCGUGACUGUCACCGCAUCCCGGCCCGAAACAAUCUCCCACGCCAAAGAAAUGGGCGCAACGCACGUCAUCAACCACCGCGAACCCCUCAAAGAACAACUCAAAUCCGUCGUGGGCGUCGACGGCGUGGACUACAUUUUCAUCUGCUACGACACGAAUGCAUACAUGCCGCAUCUCAUCGACAUUUGUAAGCCGAAAGCGAAAAUCGGAUCGAUUGUUGAGAUUCCGGAAUUGUUGCAAGGAAUGCACACGCCGGAUGCGUUUUUGAAGCAGAUUUCGUUCCAUUGGGAGGUCAUGUUGAGUAAGGGGGUGUAUGAGUAUGAGCUGGAGUCGCAGGGUGCGAUUUUGAGGCAUGCGGCGAGGUUGCUGGAGGAUGGAACAUUGAAGAGUGUGUGUAAGGAGAGAGAUGUGCUCAGCGUGAAGGGACUGAUCAAAGCGCACGAGAGAUUGGAGAGUGACCCAGACGACGGACAUGAUAGUUCUCCCACGUACGAACUAUACCAAGAUCAGAAGACCAGCAUGAGCUACCCCAGCGACGAUCCUCCAUCCCGAAGAGCGGCCGUGAAAGCAUUGACAUCCGACAUCGAGAAGCGAGGCGGCACAGCAGCGGCACAGCACCGAUGA